CUUUAAUAUAAUUUAUGAAGUUACAAUUCUCAUCAAUCAUACGUACUGAAAUUAAAACUACAAUUUCUCCGAUCGAAUCAUCCGCAAAAUGGAAAAUGAGGAGAAUACAUCAUCUGAUAACUUGACAAUAGAGUUUAUUGAGAGCUCGGAUGGCGAUCGUGAUCAGAGCAACCACCCUGUAUUAUUAAAAAGCGUACAAAUUGUCAUUGUGAUCAUUUCGUUAAUUGGAAUCAUCGGAAAUGUUCUGACUUGUCGAGUCGUGAACAAAAUGGCGAUCAAACAUGGCGACACUUCGGGAACUGGAUUCAUGCGGUGGCUUUGUGUGGCCGAUUUGACCUCUUUGCUGGUGCGAGGAAUUGUGCGUUCUGGAUCUGCAUGUUUGAACUGGAAUCUAGAGGACAGAUCGGUCUCGUAUUGCAAAUGGCUUUUUGUUUACUCGCCCGUCACGACAAUGACUUCCAUCUACUGUCUAAUCGCUCUCUCUGUUGAUCGAGUUAUUGCCACGUGGAAGCCAGCACUUUAUGUCCAGAACUCUAAGUCCAGACAUGCUUUUACGACUUGCAUCAUAAUUCACGCGGCAUCACUAAUUCUUGGAUCAUCUAUGUUCUUUUUUGCCAGAAUUGAGGACGGUGUUUGUGGGUAUUACGACAUCAAAGGCUUGCCGGCUGAAUUCACUGCUAUAUUUGCGCUGUCAAUGUCGAUCGGCUUGUUUUUACUCGUUCCGCUCGUUAUGCUUAUUGUGACUACAAUCAUGAUACUUUUUAAAAUCAGAGGUCGAGAAAAUUCAAAGGGUAGUCGAGCUACACGAGAGCGAAAGGAGAAGGAAAUUACCCGGUCGCUCGUUUCCAUGACCGUCUCGUAUUGCGUCAUAAUGAUGGUAGCUGUCGCAUUAGUAGUUUUGGGUUUGAAGUAUCGCGAUUCGAACUCAGACGUUUUCCGCACUAUGUUGGAACUUCCCCACGUCGUGAACAAUUCGAUCCAUUUCUGGCUCUACAUUCUGUCCAGUGAAACCUUCCGAAAACAGCUGAAAACAUUACUGGGCAUAAAACAAAGUUCGGCCAAUCAUACCGCACCCGAAAAUACGCAAGGAAAUAGUCAAAACCAACAACAUUAAAUCGAAACAAGACGCUUGUUGUGCAAGUGGAUCCAAAAAUUCCGACCACAAAAAAUUUUACAAGAAAUUUUUUUACCUCAAAUCUGUACCAUUAUUUGCUUCAGAAGCGGUUUUAGGGGAGGGGGCGGGGUUUGUCUGGACGCUU